AUGAGUUUAGUUCUGCGGAACCUCCAGAAGGCGGUGCCACUGCGCCGCGCCAGACUUCGCAGAGACGUUGAGACAUUGAGGCAGAUUUUUGGUAUUCAGAAAUUUGACUUGGGGUUGAUCUGUGUGGAUAAUCGAAGAAUUCAACGCAUAAAUGGAAUUUACAGGGGAAAGAACAUGCCUACGGACGUCCUCUCAUUCCCUUUUUACGAGGACAUGGAGGCUGGUAAGCUACCUAACCAUCUGCAUGGAGAGGAAUUCAAUCUCGGAGACAUCUUCCUCGGAGUGGAGUACAUCAUGGAUCAGUGCCGGGAUGAGUCACGGGACUUCCAUAGUGCACUACCUGUAAUGGUUGCUCAUGGCAUUUGUCAUCUCCUUGGAUACAGGCAUGAAACCGAGGAAGAGUGGACACAGAUGUUCCAGAAAGAGAAGUACAUCCUGACUGAGUUCAGCAGACUCACAGGAAACCAGCUGGAGCCUCUCACAAAAAGAGAUGAUUAUGACACGUGACUGAGCCAUCAAAGAUAAGACAGUUGACAUCUAAUUGGAGAUGAGGGACUGUGGUUUUUCAAGCCUGAUUUUUAUGUCAGAAAUUCAAGGGCAGACCGAGCCAGUCAAGUGCUGCAGUGUAAGCUUCACCAACCAUGAACUUGGAGGGAGACCAGUGCUUUAUUACAAAGCCCAAAAUAUCAUUAAAUAUUUGACCAUUCAUAAAUUUAAGAAAAUACACAGAACCAAGCAUUUUCCAAGUUAAUUUAUUUCAAAAUGUGUUCAAAGUCCAAAACAGACUGCUGGGCUAAUUGAAGCUUCAGUUGAAAACCUUGCCUAUAGAUUAAAAUCAGUUCAGCAGGAAACUUGGGUUUCUUUGCUCAAUUCAUGCAAGAUAUCCAGAAUGGUAGGCACCAGAGAUAAGAUGUAAAAACAUUAAAAUUAAAUUAAGACAUGAAAGCUGACCAUACCAAAACAGAAAAAGGGAAAGAUGAUCACAAAAAGCACAGUACAUUUUUUAAACUCUCCGAAUGAAGCAGUUAAUGUAUGAGCUUUGUGUGUACAAUCCCUGAUUUCUUAACAACUAAGAAUUUCACAGUUGUUUUCCAAGUUUUUAAAUAAAGAAAUUGUAAUAAAGAGGA